AUGCCAUAUUUAAUAAUGAAGAAGUUUAUUUGUAUUACAACUGCUUAUGUUGUUCUAUUUGUUUCACCUGAGAUCAUUUAUGGCUACCAAUUGGAAAAAAAUAAACCGAACAAUGGUAAGAAUUUAAACGAUUUUAAUCCAUAUAAUAAUUUAAAAAAUUGGGGUUUUAAUAAAUCAGAAUCAUCAAAUGAAAAGCAAGAUAAUAAUAAUCAUGAUGCCUUUAAUGAUAAAAACCAUGGGGAAUUCGAUUCGAUAAAUAUCGAAUCCUUUGAAAAUAAAGAUAAUACUCAAAAUACGCAAUUCACAUUAUAUAAUAAACCCCAAAAUAAAAAUUAUCUUGGUUCGUUAAAAAAUUUUAACCAUGACAAUGAAGAGGCAAAUAAAAAAGUAACUAUAGCUAAAAACUCAUUUAUCCAAACCUUUAAUGCACCAGAAUUUGAUUCUAAUUUUUUUAAUAUAACAGAUAUGAUAUAUGGUGUAGAUAUAACAAAAGAAAAUAUAUCAUUUAUUUACGUGAAACUACGAACUUUAGAAGAACUUCGAGAUAUAUUAUAUAAAUUUUAUAAAGAUAAAGAUGGCAAAUUAAAAGAUGACAAAUUAAAAGAUGUAAUAAGUGAUCAUGAACAAAUAAAUAAAGAUUUAAAGGAAAUAUUUAAAAACUAUCAAGCCCCAAGAGACGAAUUAAUAACUGAAAUGACCAAUUUACAUAAUCCUCUUUAUAAUUUUUAUAAUAAACCUCCAGUGGAUAAUUAUCAAUUAUAUACAUCAUCUCAAAAAAAAUAUGUAAACGACUUAAUUUCAGCACUUAGAAAAGUAGAAUCCCAAAUCGAAAAAACUAUUUCAUCUAUGUCAAAUACAUAUGAAAAUUUAGGUAUAAAUAAUACUAACGAAUUAAAUGGCAUUAUUAAAAAAUAUGUUGAAGAUAUAGUAAAUUACAAUAUUAAAAUAAUAGGUUUGAUAAAUGAUCGUUCAUUUCUCGGUGACGACAAAACAAUUCCAUUUACACAAUUUUUAAUUGAUACUUUAAAUUCUGAAAACAAAUUACCAAGUAUUAAAAAUAAACUAAAUUUUUUACUAAAUCAAUUUAAGGAUGUUCAAGAAAAAUAUACCUGGCAUUAUCAAAUAUGUCAAAAUAUUCUUAUAUUUCUUAAUAGUUAUGUAAUAUAUAAACUUCCACGUUUAUCUGGUGAAUAUUUUAAUAAUUUUAAAACAAUAACAAGCAAACUUUCUAUUAUCGUUUAUAAUGAUGAACGUUUAAGUUCUUUAGAAAAAUUAUAUAAGUACCUAAACGAAGUGUUAUUUCAUAUUUUUAAAAUGACAGGAAAACUAUUAAUAGACAAUCCUGAUCCACAAAACAAUCUAAUAUUUAAAGAUGAUAUUUAUGAAUUUGAUAUCUCCACCCCCAAAUCUAAAUUCACAUCAUUAAAAAAUGAAUUUGUUGAAAUAUUUAAAGAGGAGUGGGAAUCUUAUAAUAACAAAGAUAUUGAAGGGUCAGAUAGUAUAAAUAAUAAUAUGAUAUUAAUUUCAAAACAUAUGAACAAAUUUAAAAAUUUGAUUGAUUCUAUGGAGAGCUCUCAAAAAAACGGUUUAGAAGAAAAAAACAAGGUUCUUGAUGAAAUAUCCAAUAAAUUAGAUAAAAACACUUACGACGAAAGAAAAGAAGGAUUUACGUCGUCUUUAGAAUUGGCAAAAAAAUGGGAAACAAAAAAAGCAGAGAUAUUAACAAAAUUAAAUAAAGAAAAUAAUGAAACUGUUCAAUUGGAAGAACAAAUUAAAGAUUUAUUUAAAAAAUCCUCAGAAAUAAUUGCUGAAAAAAAAUAUGUGAACGACUUAAAAUUAAAAUUAAACGAAAAAAUAAAAGGCAUAUCUGACAAAAAAGAAUAUAUUAAUAAAGCACUUGAAUUAGAGAAGGAAAUAAAAAAAAACAUCGAAUAUAUUGAUAAGUUGGCUAAGGAAUCACCAUAUGAAAUUAACAAAUAUAUAGAAAAAAAAAAUACAAUAUUCAACACAAUAAAAUCAAACUUCGACCAAAUCUACGUAGGUGAUAUUAAUCAACUUUAUAAUGAAUUAUCUUCCAUAGUUAAUGAAAACGUCAUUGAUAAUGUAGAAGACAAAACAAAACUUGAAGCUUUAAAAUCAAAAAUAGAUAAUGAGUGUAACAAAAUCCAAUCCAUGCAAAUUAAAAUAGACGCAUCCCAUUUAAAUACUGUAGAAAAUAACAAAAAUGCGCUUUUAAAUACCAUUUCGGAAACUAAAAAAUACAUAUAUGACGAGAUGAACAACGAUCUAAAUAAAAUGUUAAACGAUUUUAAAAAUAAAGAAACCAAUUUAUUAAGUAGUAUAAAUGAUUAUUCUAAGCACAAUGACGAAUUAAGUAAUUAUAAAACCGCUAUUUCAGAAAUCAGGAAUAAAUAUAAUGAUAAAAUUAAUAUAGACAAUAUACAGGAAGAUGAAACAAGGAAAAUCUAUGAAAAAUCCAAAGAAUGUGUGGUGACAGUAUCAGCUAACGAAACUGAAGUAUUAAAAAAUAUCAAUGAAAUAAAAAAUAUGAAAGACAAAUUCUUAGAUAAAGUAAAUAUAUAUAUUAAUUUUGACAAUACUUAUAAAGAAAAUGUUGGUUCAGAACACGAUCAAUUUAUUAAAUUAACAAAUAAAAUAAGCACAGACGUUUCAAACAAUGAAUUGAGUGCAUAUGGAAAGAGGCUUGAUGAUAGUAAAGGUUUAAUUACUCAAACCAGCAAAUACAUUGAAGAAGAAUAUCAAAAUAUCAAUAUCCUUAAGAAGGCAAAUGAAUAUAUAAAAGAAUGUGAGAAUACAACUGAAUUAAUAAAAAAUUUUCGUAAUAAACAAAAUGAGUUAAGUGGAAUUUUAAAUAAAAAUAUUGAAAAAAUAAAAGAUACUAGUUCAGUAAAAAAAUCAUAUACAGAUAAUUUUUUAAACACACUAACAAAUAAAAAAAACGAAUUAGUUAAAAUAUUCAUAGAUGCAUCUCUAGAUGAUUACGAAAAAGUUAACAACGAAUUGAAACAAUAUUUUAAUAAUUUAAAAGAAAAUUUAGGAAAAAAUCCAGAAAGUAAACUAUAUCAACAAUUUAAUGAAAAAGAAAAAGUUUUUAAUGAUAUGAUACAAAAAAAUGCAGAUAUAAAAAAAAAUGUUUCAAAUAUCGAAACAACAAUUUCCGCAUCAAUUCAAAAUAUUAAUGAAGAAGUAGAAAAUGAUAUUGGAAAAAAUAUCGAAUCACUAAAUACCCAAAUACUUGAAAAGGUAAAAGCAAACAUAACAAAUUUGAAUGAAAUAAAGGAAAAAUUAAAACAUUAUAAUUUUGAUGAUUUUGGGAAAGACGAAAAUACUAAAUAUACUAGUGAAAUUAACAAAAUUAAGGAUGAUAUUGAGACCUUAGACAAAAAAAUCGAUACAAACAUAGAGGCAUUAACGGAAAUAAAAAAAAAGUCAGAGGGCUAUAUUGAAGAAAUAAAAAACCCAAUAGAUAAAUUCGAAAAGGUAACAGAUAGCGUAAUAUCUAACGAUUAUACAGAAGGAAUAGAAAAGAACCAAAAAAUCAUAGUAGAAAAAAUAGAUAAAAAAAAAAGUAUAUAUGAGGAAUUAAAUAAAUUAUUAAAUGAAAUAUCAGAAAUAGAAAAAGAUAAAACUUCGUUAGAAAAAGCAAAAGAUAUAAAUUUAUCAUAUGGAAAAAGUUUAGGCAAUCUAUUUUUGGAUCAAAUUGAUGAAGAAAAGAAAAAGGCUGAACAUACGAUAAAAACAAUAGAAGAAUAUAUGAGAGAUUUUGAUAAUAAUAAUAAAUCACAAGAAACAGAAAAAGAAAUGAAAAUGCUUAAUAUAUCAUAUGAUGACAACAAAAAUGAUUACGAUAUUAGUAAGAAUCAUGAAAAAAAUAUUUCUGAUAUCCGUGAUAAAUCUUUAAAAAUAAUACAAGACCUUUCUAAGGAAUCAAAUAUAAAUAAUAUUAAAAACGAGUUACAGAAAAAUGUUUCAGACUCUCAAAAGCAUAAUAGCGAUAUUAAUCAAUAUUUAAGCAAAAUUUCGAAUAUAUCUAAUAUUUUAAAGUUAAAUGAUAUUCAAAAUAUUACUGAACAAGUAAAAAAAUAUACUAAUGAAAUUGAAAAUGAUAAUAAAAAAAUAAAUGAUGAAUUAAGUAAUUCAGAAGCACUAAUCACAAAACUCAAAGACAAUUUAAGUUUAAAAGAAUGUCAAUCAAAAAUAGAAUCAACUACAGACGAUAAAUAUGUUGAUGAAUGUAUAAAGAAUAUUACAGAUUUAAAAACUAAUAUUUUAAGCGAAGAAACUAACAUCAACACUUAUUUUAAAAAUGCCGAAGAGUAUAAUAAAAAUGUAUUAUUAAAUUUGAAUAAUAUAGAAAUGGCAGAUAAUAAAUUUCAAUAUAUAUUAAAAACUAAAAACAAUGACACUAAUAACCAUGAUUAUAAUAUUAACGAAUUGGAAAACCACAAAGAUAAGUCUAAUGCUUAUAAAGAUGAAGCUGAUAAAAAUACAAAAGCGAUCGAAAAAAAUAAGGAAUUAUUUGAACAAUAUAAACAAGAAAUAACGUCACUUUUAAAUAAAUAUUCUGCGGUAGCAUUAAAAAAAAAAUUUGAUAAAACAAAAAAAGAUUCAGAACAAAUCGUAAAGGAAAUAAAAGACACACACAACAAUUUUAUAUUGCAAGUAGACAAAUUUGAACAAAAAAUGAAUGAAAUAAAAAAAGAACAAAUUCAUAUUAAAGAUGAAAUCGCUCACAAUGAUAAAUCUAAUAAAGCAAUAAUAGAUAUUCAAAUGUCCCUAGAGCAAUUAGAAACAAUAUCAUUAAAAAUAAAUGAUAUCAAAAAAAAUUCAAGCAUUUGUUUAAAAGAGGUAGAAAGCAUAGAAAAUCAAAUAUCAAAUUUAUCUAUAAAUACCCAAGAAACAAAACUAAAAGAUAACGAAGAUAAAUUAAAUACCGUUCAAAAACUUUUAGAAUCUCUUAUAUCUCAAAAAAAAAAUAUUGAAGACCAAAUAAAGGAGUUAGAUGAAGCCAAUUCCAAAAUUGAAAAUAUAGAAAAUGAAAAUAAAUUCAAAUCCUAUUUAGAUGAUAUAAAAGCAAAUGAAAAAUAUGAUAAUAUUUCAAAAUCUAUUAAUAAUAUUAAAAAUUCUACUUAUGAAAUCCGAAGCGAUCAAAUAGCCAAGUAUGCCAAUACUAUACAGAAUUAUGUUGAACAAGCUAAAGAAAUUCAAAAUAAUCUAAAUAAAGAUGAAAUAGAUGAUAUAAUACAAAAACUCAUCAAUUAUAAUAAAGAAAUAGAAAUAAAACGACACACCAUUGUAGAUAAUAAAAAUCGCGCUAUGUCAAUAAUUUCUCAUAUUAAAAACACUACUAAUUUAACCGAAUCGGAAUACAAUACUGCCAUAAAAUAUGAAGGCGAUGCCAAUAGCAUAAUUCUUGAUUUAAAUAAUAGUCAAAAUAUACUUAAUCAUUUAAUAAAUCAAAAUUUAAACAUUAUAAACGAUUUAAGGAAUAGAAAGCAACACAUACAAAGUCGUAGUAAUUUAUAUACUAUUAAUAGGGAGCAAGAAAUAACGCAAACAAAACAUUUUAGCAAUACGCAACCUCAUGAUGUUAAUGAUACAAAAAAUAUAAAUAAAAAUCGUCAACAUUCAAGCUCAAAUGGAAAAGGCUCGUCCAAAGAAAAAAAUACAGAAAAUACUGUUAGAUUCGCCGGAGCAAUUGCAAUUGGUUUAGUAGUAUGUUAUGCAGUUACAAAAUUCAAAAAAAAAAAUGAUAAAGAUGCAAUGUAUUAUGAUGAAUCUAAAGGUUUUUAUGAUGACAAUGAAAAUGUGUUUUUUGAAAGAGAAGAAGAAGUUAUAGAAAUAACCAUGAAUGACGAUUUAUGA